AUGUGGGAGCACAGCCAAGGCAGACAGAAUGAAACACGUGUGUUGGAUUUUAUCCUUCUUGGCUUCCCUGGAUCUCCAUAUUUACAUAUAAUCAUCUUCAUACUCUUCUCCACUAUGUAUAUCCUGACAAUAUUGGGAAAUGUGACUAUCUUUAUUCUAGUGGUAACAAACCGUCGCCUCCACAUUCCCAUGUAUUUCUUCCUUUGCAAUCUCUCCUUUCUGGAAAUAUGGUACACAACAGCCUCUGUUCCCAAGACCCUUGCCAUCAUUCUGGGGAGGAGCAGAAGCGUCUCUUUCACUGGCUGCAUUCUACAGAUGUACUUUGUUUUUGCCUUUGGGUGCACAGAAUAUUUCCUACUAUCUGCAAUGGCUUAUGACCGAUAUUUGGCCAUUUGUUUUCCUCUGCAGUAUUAUACCAUAAUGGACAUCAGCCUCUCCGCUAAAUUGGCAUUUGGCUCUUGGCUGUGUGGUUUCCUCGUUAUUUCCAUACCAGCUUUUCUAAUCACAAGACUGUCCUUCUGUGGUCCCAAUGUGAUUAACCACUUCUACUGCAGCAUUGAUUCCUGGAUAGUUCUGUCUUGUACAGACACAUAUGCCAUUGAGACGGCUGCUUUUGUAAUAUCAAUCAUUGUCAUCUUGGGCUCAUGCUUGACAACUUUACUUUCCUACAUAUACAUCAUUUCCACCAUUCUGCGCAUCCCUUCCACCAAAGGACAGCAAAAGGCUUUUUCAACGUGCUCGUCCCAUCUUGCUGUUGUGAUCAUUUGGUACGGAUCCACCAUUUUUCUUUUUGUCAAGCCUUCAAAACGGACAUCUUUAGAAAUGACCAAAAUCGUGAACAUCCUGAAUACUAUUGUGACUCCAUUGUUGAAUCCUUUCAUCUACACACUAAGAAACAAAGAUGUGAAGGAAGCAUUGAGAAAUUGCUUGUACUGGAGAUGA